UGUUCGCCAAAUGUAACAUAUUUUCACAUGUUAAGUGACGAGGCAAAGCUAUGACCGCUCGAUGCUGUGCCACCAUUGAUCGAAUAAUUUGUGUGACACAAAAUGCAAUCGCCUGUGUUAGCCGCUAACGCCAUCUUUAGCCAAACAAGAAGACAGGGACGGCUCGAGGAAGGAAGUAUGGAUCGGAGAGGAGGGCUCGCUCAAAUAAAAGAUGGGAGUUGUAGUCCGCAUUUCACGCCGCGUCUAUUCAUGUUGACCGAGUUGUGUCAGAGAAAACUACAAUCCCGUGAGCAAUGCAGCCACAAUAUAGCUAGUGGAGUUUUGGGAUUGUAGUGUUUUUUACACACGCUAACGACAAGAGUCGACGAUAUGUGCUGCAAAUCGGACUACAGUUCCCAAAAUAUGUUGUCCAUAAUUAUGUCUCUGGUUUACCCAAUACGUCAGCGUGCUUUCGAGGCGUUGUUAAAUUCCACGCUCGACACAUCGUUUGUAAGCCAGCGCAUUCACCGAUAUGGUGUUGAGUUAACAACAUGGACAAUAUCGGAACACUUGUGAUUCAGGAUUCAGAAGUAGAGGGAGAGGAGACUGCUGUUGCCAUAGUGGACAUCGAUAAAACUAAAGCUGGUUAGUAUUUUAGCACUUUAAAGUUUGUGUGGACCUUGCUGGCCACAUGGCACCUUGUAAACACCAGACUUGAAAUGGAUCAGGCUUUCGACCAGCCCAUAUGCAAGAAAAAGAAACUUUGGGAAAUGGUGGCAGAUAAAGUGAAUGCCAAGCUGAGGGAGGCGGACGGGGGCGAUGUCACCGUGAAGUCCUACGAGUGCGACCUCAAGUGGAGGAACAUGUUGACCACCUACAGGAAGAACGCCGCCAGGGCCAAGAGGCUGGGGGAGACCAGUGUCCACUGGGAGUUCUUCAGGAAGAUGCAUGAGGUCCUGGGUAAGAGCCAGGAGGAGAUCCAAACCCUGCGCCAGGCCAAGCUGAGCGAGACGAAGGUGGGGAAGGCGAUGGCGAGCAAAAGGUUCACGCCUAUUCUGCCGUCGCCCCCUGCUGCGGCUCCAUUCUGCCCUCCGCGGCCUCCGCAGGACGUCCUGCAGCUGUACAUGGAGCUGCAGGAGAGGAAGCUGAAGAUGUGGGCCCAGCAGAAGGCUCUGGAGGAGAGGAAAAUCGAGGCCAUCAACAACCUGGCCCAGGCCAUUUCAAGCCUGGCUCAGACAAACACACACACGGACAAAGAUGGCCGGUAGCUGCCAGCAUUGAGUCACUGAACUGCUGCCGCAAGAUAAGCAAUGCACGCACUAAGGAAAGAUCAUCAAGGGAUGGAAUUGGAGUCAUGGUGUAGAAGCCAAACAAACGCUUAAUAUUAUGAAACUAACAUCUAUGAACCACCUUCAAAACAGGGUUAAACCGGUCUUUAAACAUCUCAUCUGCACACAUUUAUUGUAUCUUCAUGAGCUUUGACGAUAUAAAUCUUCUGCAAUGGCAUCCCGUCGGCGUACACCUUCUUCAUCUUCCUCACCCUCUUGACUUACAACUUCCUGCUCUCCCGCUUCUCCGUGAACCACAUCGCCUAUGUCCAAGAGCAUGUUGUGGAGCACGCAGGCAGUCAGCACCACAGAUCGGGCUCGGUGAUAGUUCCCGAUAUCCAGACACAGGAGUCUUUGGAAUCUGGCCUUGAGGUUGGCGAUAGCCUGAUCUAGAAUGCGGAAGUGCGGCUCCAGUGUGGCGUUGAACAGUUCCUCUCUUGGUGCACACUGUCCCGAGUAAGGUGUUAAAAUGUGAGCAGUGAGCGGGUAGCCGACCCGGGCCAGCAGCACAGAGUCGGGAGUCAUCAAGUCCCCUUUGAGUUUAUUACUCAGAGUGACGCCUCUGUCCGUGUCCUGGCCUUUGCCGAUCCUGCAGUGGAGGAAACGUCCAGCAGAGUCACAGACCACUUCCAGGUGGAGCCAAGAGUCAGGAUGCUCCUCUUUCAUCCUCUUCGUCUCCGGCUCUGUGCUUUCCACAUCAUGUUUCCCUGUCGGCAGUCUGAUGGGAAUCUGUGUGUGUCCCAGCACUCCCAACACUCGAGGAACACACGAGGCUCCAUCUUUGUCGUUCCCUUCGAAGAGCGGGAAGAGGACAUUUUCUGCCUCACUUCCUGCAGAGGGAAAAUCACACAAGUGAGGCACAUAGCAUCGUCUUAUACAAUAACUGAAACUCACCCACUGGCCAGCAGAUGUGCUUCUCCUCCAGCAUGUUGACGCACUGGCAGAAGUAAAAGAAGAUGCGGUGGAUGUUUCCUUUCUCCAAGUGGAAGUGGCGAGACAAAGAACGGUAGCUGACGCGCUCAGAUAGCAGGGUGAGGCACAGCGGGACCGUCUGGGACAGGGCCAAGCGUGCCCGGCCCGUCAUGGGGAACCUGGAUUUGGAUCCCUGAAGGACAGCUGUAAUGUACUGAAGUGGGAGAACGUCACAUCAGGCAUCACAAGCAGAAUAAACACUGAAAAUUCCUACCCUAUGGAAAUUACACAGCCGCCUCUCAAUAAAGGAGAAUAUCUCAGAAGUUAUUUUGAUUUCAGGAGUUCAUUUCAGAUAAAGAGAACAAUUAAAGACUUGUAUUUUCUGAUUGGAGUGUAAAAACAUGGUUUAAAAUAUCCAACUUUUGUAUAAAGAGACAUUUUACAAGACGGCAAUAUUUACA